AUGGCGUCCAGGCCUCGUACCGUGGCGCUUACCUCGAUUCUGGACGUGACAUCACUUGUCGAGUCUGGCUUCACUGCUGGUGCUGGCUUUGCCGACGAGGCCGUCAUCGACGAGAGCUACGCCAACCAUGGCUGGAGAGCUGCCGACAACGUGCAGCGCGUCAAUGUCCCGCUGGACGGCAGCAGCUUGACACAACAGUAG